GGACAGCCUAUGAGCCCCACUCAAAGCGAGAGAACCACACACAAGGAGCGGGAUGGCGAGGAUACCAGCGCUGCACAUCCGCGUCCUUCUCGUGGGUUUCUCCCUGACUGGGUGCCUGACACUACGGGCGAGCAAAGGUGUUACGUCGCCUGACGAGGAGCGGGACAGCGAGAGCGACACGGAGACGCCGUGCGAGGUGAAAACCGUCACCGUGUCUACCCUGCCCGUGCUCCGGGAGAACGAGUUCAGCUUCACCGGUGGAGCCUCCGGGAGCGUGGUUGGAGGAGGGAGCGCUGCUGCUGCUGCUGGAGCAGGUGGUGCUGGUGGAGGAGGAACCGGAGGAGGUGGAGCGGGGGGAGGAGGAGGAGGAGGAGGUGGAGGAGGGAGCGAAUCCCGGCUCCUGUUAUUCGUUCGAACAGACCUACCUGGCCGAAUUUCUGUAAUGGAUGAUCUGGACAACACAGCUCUUCCCUACUUCACACUCGAGAUGUCAGGUACUGGAGAGGAGAUUUCUCAGGUGCACUGGAAGCAACAGUGGUUGGAAAACGGGACGCUGUACUUCCACGUCUCCAUGACUGAGCCUGAACUCUUGGCACAGACGACACAGCCCACAGCUCGGGAGCCAGCUCAUGCACUGCACGAGCACAUGCAUCUGCUUCACAUCUCAGUUAUGGGGGGACUCAUUGCCCUUCUUCUCCUAAUUCUCCUCUUCACCCUUGUCCUGUACACCCGUCAUCGAUGGUGUAAGCGUCGCCGGAUCCCGCAAAAAAGUGCCAGCACAGAAGCCACCCAUGAGAUCCACUACAUCCCCUCCGUCCUUCUGGGCCCGCAGGGCCGUGACAGUUACCGGGGCUCCCGGGGCACUCACCAGCAUGGCAGCUCUGUCAUUGGAAUGCCUAUCCGCGAGACUCCCAUUCUUGAUGAUUACGAUUGCGAUGAAGAGGAUGGAGUUGGACACUCGCUUAACUCCACACCCAACCAGCUCCACAACAAGUUCAACGACGGGAAGAUUCUCGAUGAAUAUGGAAUUAAUGUUAGCAUUGGAGGACAUGCAGACAUCAUGUGCAAGGAUGACAAUAUCAAACACAACUUUGAAAAAACAGCUAUCGAAGCAAACACUGACUCAAUAGAGGAUUUGAUGCAGAGGUUCCAGGACAACUUUCGUGUUCCCAACACACCAACCAACAUGUCCCAUUACCAGCAUACCGUGCACAGCUCAUCAACAGGCCGGCGGAGGCUCUCCAGCCGCACCAGAGUGACUGGAGGUGUGUAUGGUCCCCAAGAGGAAUCAAGUUCAGAGCCUGAAGAUGACAAUCAAAUGAAGUUUUACACAGAGCAGAACAGAGGACGAAGGCGCAGUAAAGGCCACUCACAAAGUCCCCUGAAUAAGGUCACCCUGACACUGAUUACCAUCAGCACGUGUGUCAUCGCCAUUGUCUAUGCUACACAGGACUCCUGCCCUCUUACCGUCAAGGUUACUCUUCAUGUGCCAGAGCAUUUUGUUGCAGAUGGAAGCAGUUUUGUGGUGAGCAUGGGCAGCUUCCUGGAUGUCUCCAACUGGCUAAAUCCAGCUAAGCUAACGCUUUACUAUCAGACCAAUUCAUCAACACAGUGGGUCCAUGACUACUGUGGCCAAAGGACGACUGAGCCCUGUGAACAGAUUUGUGACCAGGAGACAGGAGAAUGUAGCUGCCAUGAGGGUUAUUCCCCUGACCCUGUCCAUAAACACCUCUGCGUUCGCAGUGACUGGAGUCGCAAUGAAGGUCCUUGGCCAUAUGCUAACUUGGAGAAAGGUUAUGACCUAGUUACAGGAGCACAGGCCCCAGAGAGAAUCUUCAGAUCAUUCUACAGUUUGGGCCAAGGGUUGUGGCUCCCAGUCAGUAAAAGCUUUGUAGUACCACCAGUGGAAAUGUCAAUCAAUCCAAUUGCCAGCUGCAAGACAGAUGUGUUGGUUACCGAAGAUCCAGGAGAGGUCAGGGAAGAGGCUUUGAUGUCUACGUACUUUGAGUCAGUACAGGACCUGUUGGCGUCCUUUGGACCUGUUCGUGACUGCUCCAAAGACAAUGGUGGCUGCAAAAAAAAUUUCAAGUGUGUCUCUGAUCGACAGAUGGACUCCUCUGGUUGCAUGUGUCCUGAGGGGUUGAGACCAAUGAAGGAUGGCUCAGGUUGCUAUGACUACUCCAGAGGCGUUGACUGCACGGAUGGCUUCAACGGAGGUUGUGAACAGCUGUGCCUUCAGCAGCUUGUACCUCUUGAAGAUGACCCCACUUCCAACAAUGUUCUUAUGUUUUGCGGGUGCGUGCAGGAGUACAAGUUGGCAGGAGAUGGGCGCUCCUGCGUUCUGCAGUCAGAGAACUGUGAGGGACAAAAAUGCCUGAGGCAAGAUGUCCACUUCAAUGACACUCUGUUUGGUGAGAUGCUGCAUGGAUACAACAACAAAACGCAGCAAGUCAACUUGGGACAGAUAUUCCAAAUGACCUUCCGGGACAACAACUAUAUUAAGGACUUUCCACAGCUAGCCGAUGGUCUCAUGGUCAUCCCCUUGCCAGUCGAGGAACAGUGUCGGGGAAUCUUGUCAGAGCCAUUACCCAACCUGCAGCUUCUAUCAGGCAAUGCCCAGUUCAGUGAAGCGGUAGGCUAUCCCAUGGUUCAACAGUGGAGGGUGCGCAGUAAUCUUUACAAAGUCAAACUCAGCUCGAUAACCUUAUCCACAGAAUUUUCUAAGGUGCUCAAGACGCUUUCAGGUGAGAGCACACGCGAGGAGCUCCUUGCUUUUCUCCAGCAGUAUGGCAGCCAUUAUGUGUCAGAGGCCCUUUAUGGCUCCGAGCUCAGCUGCAGCAUCUACUUUCCCAGCAAGAAGUCCCAGCAGCAGCUUUGGCUGCAGUACCAGAAAGAGGCAACAGACCAGGGAGUCGGAGGCGUAGGGCGACGGGAGAUUAAGUCUGUUCCCUUUAUCAACUACUUGUUAGCUCUACAGAAGAGCCAGCUGCUGUCAGAUGACCUGGUAAAUGGCGUAGAGAUCCGCUGUGAAGAAAAGGGCAGCUGUCCCUCUGGCUGCCACCUGUGCCAUCACCAGGGCAUGAUGGGAGGAGGGUCAGGGAGAAGCCGUAAUGGUAAUGGUAGGAGUGGGGAACAGCCUUCUCCUAUCCCUGUCCUCCUUGAAGUCAGCAGGGUUGUGCCACUCUACAGCCUGAUCCAAGACAACAUCACCAAAGAGGCCUUCAAGAGCGCCACAAUGAGCUCAUACUGGUGUGCUGGAAAGGGCGAUGUCAUUGAUAACUGGUGUCGCUGUGACCUGAGUGCCUUCAGCAAAGACGGCCUGCCUAACUGCAGUCCCCUCAGGCAGCCAAUAAUGCGUCUAGCCCCUAACUUGGAGCCCUCAAGCACAACAGUGGCCCUGGAAUGGAUGGAUGUGGAGCCACUUAUUGGCUGCAAAGUUUCUGACUACAUCAUUCAACAUAAACGUGUGGAGGAUCCUUCAGAAGCAGAAAUCUACACAGGUGAGGUUCUGAGCUUGAUGGAUGAUGUAUUCUCUGGUUUGAGCUCAUCUUGUGUUGUUGCGGGAAAAAGGACCGGAGAUCACCCCCAGUCUGUGGUCUAUUCGGUUGUCUUCAAGUGCCUGGAACCUGACAGUCUCUACAGGUUUACCCUUGCUGCAGUGGAUAAUCGAGGCAGUCACACAGAGUCAAGCUUUGUCUCUGUACGCACAUCUUGCCCAGUGGUGGAUGACAGUCGUGCAGAAGAAAUAGCCGACAGGGUGUACAACUUAUACAAUGGCUACACCAGUGGAAAGGAACAGCAGAUGGCCUACAAUAUGCUGAUGGAGAUUGCCCCUCCGCUGCUUUAUAGAGUCCAGCACCACUACAAUUCCCACUAUGAGAAGUUUGGGGACUUUGUGUGGCGGAGUGAGGAUGAGCUGGGCCCCAGGAAAGCAAACCUGAUACUUCGUAGGGUGGAAACGAUCAGCCUCUAUUGCCGAUCCCUCCUUCGCAGUACCCACAUCCAAAGUCGCACAGACACGAUGGCAUAUAUCUACUGCAGGAGCGAAGAGGGUGGACUUCCCAGCAUGUGGCAUGGUUCCUUACAUGAAAGACGUGCUCUGUGCAUGGAAAAGCUAAUUUCUUUACAGCGCAACACUUACAGUAACACCAAACUCCGGUGAGAGACAAAUGGAGAGAUGAGCACACAUCAUCUUUUUCUGCAAAAUGACAUCAUUGAUUAUUGAACCUCAUUGGUACGCUCUGCAGCAAGUGUCUCUCACAUGACUGGUGCAGUUUAAAAAACCAGGAGAGCCUUCGAAGAAUCCUCAGAAAUCACAGAACAUCUUGUUAAAGCUACACAAAAACAUAUUUUUGUGUGGCAUACUUUUAUCAGAAGAAAGAAGAUAUGGAAGAGUUACUGGAGUGGACAUGCUUUUCAGCUACAGAAUCCCAGUGAUUGUGCACAUUAGUAAGGAAAUGCAGUAUAAGUCUGUAAAACUGAUAGUCAAUCAAAAGCAUAAAAAAGAAAGACAAACAAAAAGAGUGGUUGGCUUCAAUACCAUGAAUGUAAUAAUAUGGUUUGUUUUUGGUGCUUACCUUGGAUACUACAAAAGAAAAAGGAUAUAAUGAUUCUGUAACUUAUUUGCCUUUGCUACUUUCAUUAAAAAAGAGAAGUGGAAUUAUGUGAAAGUCAUGUAAAAAUAAUGUAUUUUUGAAUUCCCAAUUAGUUAAGAAAAAAUAUUUUCAUCAAGGUUUUAAAAUCAUUAGGCGAGUAAUGAGUUGAUGAUAUUAAACUUUAUUAGCUUUUUUAGGGUUACAGUUGAAAAUCCUGAAGACUGGCGACUUUAUGCAAAGAUGGUUUAUCAGUAGAAUAUUAACAAGGCACUCUUGAAUUGUUCUUAAGCUUUAAUUUCCUAGGUAAACUACAUACAUAGUUUUGUCAUUUUUCAUUUUCAUCUUUACUGUUCUUAAUAACAAACUACAUUUCGUAUAUAGUACUUUUGUUAAAGGAUGUUUUAAGGGAAAGGGAUGUCCUUAUCAAGAUUUUUUGGUACGGAUAGUCACAAAAAUUAGGUAAGUACUCAUACAUCAUGCAGUGUCAUUUAAAUAUAGACAUUUGUUUUCUACACAUUAAUACAACAAAUCUAUUAAACAUGUAUUACAUAAUUAAAGCAUAAGAAGUUUGAAGUGCUUGUAAUAACCAACUAUCCUCUUUCUGGUAGCCACUGCUCCCUCAGUGCUGUGCCUCUAAGGCGAGUCCUAUCCAAGGCGACAAACUAAGGCUUGAGUACAAAAUGUCCUGUGCUUCAAAUUGUCUGUCACCUUUUAAAAUCUGUUGUGUUAAAAUCUAAUGUGGACACCCACCUGCUUCACAUCACCGUGAUUGCUUGCAUAUAUGCUCUUUAGUAUGACAUCCACAAAAUAAAUCACAUCCCUUUAUUGAUCCAUGUGGAGUCUAUCUGGUGUGUCAUGAAUCUAGGCAGUGACCUCGGACACAUCUCAGAACUCCAAAUAUCUGUAGCAAAGCUAAGAGCAGGGACAUAAGAUAACUACCCUGAAGGUAUCAGGAAACUUUUACAGCACUGCUGCAUCAGCUAUCUGGUGUCUGGAAGUAAGGAUGUACUAUGGCUUUAGCAGCUUUAAAGGAUGAAAAAAAAAAAAAAAGAAUGUCCAUGAUUGCAAUGGGCUUGUCAUCCUAAAGGAUAAAGUCAAGUCAUAAAGUUCUCUCCUUGGCUUUUUGCUGUCCCUUGGAAUUUUAUCUCUCCUCUUUAAAGUUUCCUCUAAAAUCUAGAUGAAUGUUCGCUAAGUAGGUCUUACAGCAUCACCACAAGAAUAAAGUAGAGGUUGAACUGUUUUAUUUUAUUGUUGUUUAAAAAUGUUCCCAAAACAAGGACAUGCCAGUGCAAUUGCUUGGAAUCAAUCUAUUUCAUGCCUCCAUGUCGAGAAUAUCGCCCCUUUCGACCAGCACCUCUACUGGGUGGGGUUAUCAUAUAGUGGGUAGUCCCAAAAUCUGAAAGUAUUGUAAUGUGGUUUGUA